CUUCUCGGUGCCCAGAUCGAAGCUUCAGCAAUGGCCCUCGCGCUCUCCGCCCUCCCCCUUUCGCUCUCGCUCGGCGCCCCGAUGGCGGGCCCGGCGUCGCGCGCCGCCGUCUCCAUGCAGGCGUACGGAGCCGUCGCGCCCACCGCGGGCGUCGCGGCGGGCGUCGCCGCCGGCGGCCCCAUGGCCGGCCCCGGCGUCGACUCCUCCAUCCUCGUCCAGGGCGGCUCGCUCCGCACCUGGUCGUACCGCUCGCCGUCGGUCGAGCAGGUGCAGGUGGUGCUCAGCACUGAGGGCCGCCCGCUCGACGCGGACAUCGAGCUGUGGCAGGGGCCGGACAACACGCCGUGCAAGAUGCGCGUGUACGUCGAGAACGGCCAGCUCCGCCCCUUCAGCGCCGUCGUCGAGACGCCCCGCGGCCCAAACACGAUUGCCAUCCGCAACAUCGGCCAGGUCGAGUUCCCCCUCGCCGCCAACGUCGUCGCGGACAACGUCGACGCGCCGUCGGCCGAGUGCCUCGACACGCGCAUGACCAUCCAGGGCGGCGCCCUCCGCACCUACCCCUUCGACCCCACCGUCGACAGCGUCCAGGUCCUGCUCAAGACGGACGGGCGGCCGCUCAACGCGCGGAUCGAGCUGCUGCAGGGUCCGAACAACAACAAGCAGGUGAUCGAGCUGUACACGGAGGACGGCCUCGACCGGCCCUUCUUCUGCAUCCUCGAGACGCCCGGCUCGGGCAACGUCGUCCGCGUCGUCAACACCGCCCCCGUCGAGUUCCCGAUGACUGCCUCAGUCGUGCCCAACUCCAUCAACGAGCAGAUGGGCUACGAGGCGGUGCUCGGCGGCGACGUCGUGCUCGGCGGCGACGCGGGGUGGUGAGCCUUUGGGCGCUCCCCCUCCCCGCACCCCCUCGCUCGCGCGCGCGCACGCGCUGCAACGCCCACAGCGCUCGCAUUCUGCGCCGCGAGACGAGAACCUCUCUUAGGGACCCUCCACUUCUUUCCCCCCCUGUGACUCUCAUCUUGUGACUCGGUGUCAGUGUGCGCGGCAGCACGUGUUUGUAGGGCGGCGGCUCUCGUCCAGUAGGGUCAUUUGUGGUUUCACCCGUACACGUAUCUCCUUUUCCAUUUCACGUAAACGGCUUUUGAG